AUGUCUGUAAACGCCAACGGCAAAUCCCCCACUCACCCUUUCACAACGAAUCCCCUCCUUACGAGAUCCGAUCUUCAAGAUGCGUGCACCUCCCUUUUAAACCCUCUUUUGCCUCUUUUCACGCCCGCCCAGACACGUGUGAAAAUUGGCUCAACAGCUACUCGCUUCGAUGAGGGUGGUGCCCAAAUCGAAGGAUUUGCGCGUCCGUUAUGGGGUCUCGCGUCACUGCUCGCGGCGGGAGAUCACAAUUACCCUGAUGCAGAGCGGUGGCGUGAAGGAAUCGCCAAUGGGUGUGAUCCAAACCAUCCAGAAUAUUGGGGUGAUUUGGAAGAUUCGGAUCAGAGGAUGGUAGAGAUGUGUCCGCUAGGAUUUGCACUGGCUGUUGCUCCGAACACUUUCUGGACGCCGCUUAAUGAAACGCAAAGGGGAAAUGUUGGGAAUUGGAUGAGACAGAUUAAUGAUCUGGAGAUGCCAAACACAAAUUGGCUCUGGUUUCGGGUUUUUGCCAACCUGGGGUUGAAAAGGAACGGCGCAGAAUACUCCCACUUUCGUAUAGAGGCGGAUAUGGAUCACCUCGAUACAUUCCAUGUUGGUGGAGGUUGGAGCAAUGAUGGCCCAAAAAGCCACCACCAAAUGGACUAUUACUCUGGAUCAUUUGCAAUACAGUUUCUGCAGCUGCUAUAUGCAAAAUUAGCAGGGGAUUUUGACCAGGAACGUGCGGAGAGAUACCGCUCCAGAGCGAAGGAAUUCGCCUUGGACUUCGUGCACUAUUUCGCUCCAGAUGGCAGCGCAAUCCCCUUUGGCCGCUCAAUGACUUAUCGAUUUGCCAUGGCUGGUUUCUGGGGUGCUCUGGCGUAUGCAGAUGUCGACCUUCCCUCCCCACUAACUUGGGGCAUGGUAAAAGGUCUUCUCCUUCGUCACUUCCGUUGGUGGACCAACCAACCAGACAUAUUCUCCAACGAUGGAACCUUGAACCUAGGGUUCUGCUAUGCGAAUCCUUACUUGACGGAGAAUUAUAACUCUCCCGGAUCCCCAUACUGGUGUUGUCUCUCGUUCUUAGCACUCGCACUGCCAACUACGCACCCUUUUUGGAAAUCAGCUGAAGAGGCGUACCCAACUCGCAGCCUGUCGGAGGUGAAGGCUCUGACGUAUCCGAAACAUAUUGCUGUGCGAAGAGGUGGACAUUCAUUUUUGCUCUCAGCGGGACAGGCAUGCCACUAUGCUAUGCGAGGGACGCAUGCAAAGUAUGGAAAGUUCGCAUAUAGCGCAUCAUUUGGGUAUUCAGUUCCUACAGGGUCUUACGAACUGGAGCAGUAUGCGCCAGAUAGCAUGCUUGCACUUUGUGACGACGCUGAUGGAGAAGUUUGGAAAACGAGAAGAGUAACAAAGGAUGCCAGAUUUGAGUAUCCUGAAUCCGAUGAUGUGCCGGUCUUAGUCUCAAGAUGGGAGCCUUGGGGGGAUGUGGAGGUUGAGACAAUCCUCAUCCCCCCGGGUGAAAGGACACCAAACUGGCAUUUGAGGGCGCAUCGAGUUCGGACGGGGCGAGCUUUGAAGACUUCCGAGGGGGCUUUUGCGAUUUAUGGAUGCCGAAGUGACAAUGGAAGAAUGCUCGGCCGUUUGGAGAAGAGACCAGGUACAGGUGAUGGCCAGGUGAUAGAGGAGGGUACGGUACAGGAUGGGUCUAGUGCUUUGACAGUCUCUUCUGCCGGUGCUGUUGGUAUCACAGAGAUUUAUGCAGGUGCCAGUGGACGUCCUGGACGGAUUGUGCUUGCUGAUCCGAAUUCAAAUCUGAUUCAUGGCCGCACGUUGCUUCCAUCGUUGACCGUUGAUCUGAAACCUGGCCGUGACGUUUGGUUUGUUACGGCCGUCUAUGCUCAACCUGGCGGAGAUCAAGAAUGGAGGUCUGGAUGGGAACAGAAACCUCAGAUUCCAGAUUGGUUGUUGAGCAGAAUCAAACAUCUGGAGACAUAA